GAAAAAGGAAAAUUAUUCUCCAAGUCUAAAAGUGCCUCUCGACCCCAAAAAUCGAGAAUUGCAUAUAUGCUUUAUUUUGUGUAAUAGCGAAAACGCACCGUUCUCUCUCUCUUCUCUCUCUGCAAAACCCUCAUUGCGUAGUCUGCAAUCGACCUUGGAAUGGCGAACAGUAACCUUCCCCGGCGGAUCAUCAAGGAAACUCAGCGUCUUCUUAGUGAACCCGCUCCUGGGAUUAGUGCUUCACCGUCGGAAGAUAACAUGCGCUAUUUCAAUGUGAUGAUCCUUGGCCCCACUCAGUCUCCUUAUGAAGGUGGAGUUUUCAAGUUGGAACUAUUUUUACCUGAAGAAUAUCCAAUGGCUGCUCCUAAGGUUCGGUUUCUCACUAAAAUUUACCAUCCUAACAUAGACAAGCUGGGAAGGAUAUGCCUUGACAUUUUGAAAGACAAGUGGAGUCCUGCUCUCCAGAUACGAACUGUUCUUCUAAGUAUUCAAGCACUUUUGAGUGCUCCAAAUCCCGAUGAUCCACUCUCGGAGAACAUUGCUAAGCAUUGGAAAUCAAAUGAGGCGGAAGCUGUUGAAACAGCCAAGGAAUGGACCCGUUUAUAUGCAAGUGGUGUGUGAUGACAUGGUGAAAGUUAUCCUUCCCACAAAUAACCUUAUUGCAAUGUAUGCUAUUCAAUGUCAUUGUCACAUGAAAAUUUGGAAGAAUUGAUGUUUCAAAAUAUUUUAAAUUCUCGAGCAAUUACAGGCUGAUAAGUGUUCUCAUCUGAUAGUUCUGUUGGCUCUGAACUUGUAAGAUCAGCUAAGGUACUUUUAUCUCCCCCGUUUCAAAAUGACGGGGGAGAUAAAAUAUGGUAUUAAGUGAACACUGAGAAUAAUUGCCGGUUAAUUUCCUUUUCUUGACUUUUAAAUGUAAUUAUUUGAUUUGAAGAAACCUCUCAAUGUGUGUAAUUCCUAUGCAACUGCUUCACCAGAUCAAAUACCGAUAGUGGUGGAGCUCAUGGCAUUAAAAGACACCAUGAGUACAAAGCAGCAUCUUCUUUCAGUUCAUUAAUUUAGGAGCUUACUUC